AUGUGGAAGACACGGUGGGACGGCUGCAGCUGCUGCCCCGACGCCCACAGACGGCCGGUCGUAAUGCCGGAGGCCGCCGCCCCCGCUGCCCCCCACCGAACCCACCGCCCCCACGGCUCCACGCCGAGUGCGCGGCGCGCCCGACCACUUGUCGUGCAGAUGCAAAGCCCGACGCUGCGACCGUUCGGAAUCUGCCACCAGCCCCCACCCCCGCCCGCCCCGCCGCCCCCACCACCAGCGGCCGUAUCGUUUCAUCCGGCCACUCUUUUCCUUCCACCCUUCACCGCAAAAAUCCGCUUCUGGCGCAGGAAAUCCGAUACAGCGCUUCCAAUCGUGCGCGGCGAUAGCCUGCGCCGUGCGCCGCAGACAAAAAAAGUGGAAAAAGAGUAG